CAACUGCGGUUUGCUUCACCGACAUUGAGGAUUCUGGGACUUAGGCUCGUUUCUUUCGCUUGUCAUGGCUCCUGCAAACCAAACCAUUCGCGACGUACCGUCUGAGGAUGACCUAGACGCCAUCCUCAAUGAUACCCCGGACCACGAUAUCUUCGACACGAGCAACAUAAAGCCACAGAUCCAACCCCCGCAAGAGUCAAGACCACAGCCUGCUAGUGCAGACCUUGGAAUUGAUGAGGAAAUCAAAGUCGUCAAGAAGCGGAGACCCAUUCCAAAGUUAGAUGAGGAGAGACUCCUAUCCGAUGCUGGGAUUCCAAGACUACAGAGGAUAUCCAAGGAACGGCUUCGGUUCAAAGGGAAGGGACACGAGUACGGAGACAUCGCUCGAAUGUUGAACAUGUAUCAACUGUGGCUGGACGACCUCUAUCCCCGCGCGAAAUUCGCCGACGCUCUGACGAUGAUUGAAGCUUUGGGGCACAGGAAGCGAAUACAGAUCUCAAGGAAGGCAUGGAUAGACGAGGGAAAGCCAAGGCCUCCUGUGGAUAGUGAGGAUGAAGACGAAGGGCCCGGAGUCCGUGCUGUACCAGCCGAGACCACUCAGCUACACCCAGAGUGGAUGGAAGGGAUACGCCUGGAAGACGGCAACGAGUCUGUGACGGAAGCGCAACAUAUAGGAGAGGAACGUACCAUGGCUCAGACUCAGUCUCCCAGUCGAACACCCCACGGUGCCGACCAUCCCGAUGAUGAUGAACUGGAUGCAUUGUUAGCUGAGAGCGAAACGAUUGACAGGUCGUCUGCAACAACCAGAGUACGGCAAGAUACCGCAAUGCACGUAGAUGAUCCCUUCGCCGACGAUAUGGAAGCGAUGGCAGAGAUGGGGGAACUGUGGUAACGGACAAGCAGAUAUACUGUGGUCCGAUUGCCAAACCGGAAUGAUCUGGGAGGGUGAUAUCCUUAUAUAAGCAUAGCACGGCGUCAGGCAUUCGUGUUAGUCUAUGGUAUAUUACUCACUAUAUGGUCAGCU